AUGUGCACAUUUGUGCGUACACAGGCUGUGAUUGGCUCUCAGGUGAGCUGGCAUCCUAUAAAAGCCAAAGAAACUCUGUGGAAGAUACAACUGGCAUCACCUCCAGCAUUCGUCAGUCUCUCCAGUGGUGUAUUGUUUUUGUCGUGUUUGCAGAAGGACUUUGACACUGCAAAAAUGAGACUGGCCAUCCUCUGCCUCUGUCUGGCAAGCACAGCCUCAGCUGCACCAUCAGCCUUUCAUUACCUAACUCAUUACACAGGAUCCAGACCACAGGUACCACCCCCACAGGUGAAAAAUCCUUUCACAGCUGGUCAGCCUCUCCCACAAACUGGAAUCCCUGGCGCUUACAGUGUGGAACUAAUUUACCCCCACAGAUUUCCUGCUGGUGUAGGUGGACCAAAUGGUGGCCAGCCCUAUCAUGGUUUCAUCAAAUACUCCAUUCCUCAGCCACCAGGCAGACAAAGUGUGGAAGUCUACUACCCCUAUGACUUCUCUCAGCAAAGGAUUAUGGCAAACAUCCCGCCUUUGACAAACGUCCCUCAGGUUCUCCCGUUUGAAUAUCCUCCUCAAACUAUUCCUCAGCAAACCCUGAAUAUUCCAUCAUUUGAUGCCAAUCCUCUCCCAUCCCAGGAUCCCCUGCAACCUCUCCAGCAGGACCAGCCCACGCAGGUAAACCAGAUGCCAGCAAAGGUGUGACGUGGAUGAGAGGCAUGAAAAGGAGGUGAAACUGUUUCUUCCUCCUCAACAGUCAGACACAUGUAUUGGAACAAAUUACCUUAAAUGAUUAGGACUGAAUAUCUGUUUCAUAUGUUCUUACUAAAGCUAAAGUGAAAUGCCAAGGUGAUCAUAAAAUAACCCAUUUUUAUUAAGAACACUGUUGCAAUAGUAACUUUGUAACUUAACUUUGUAGUCAUAGCUUCACAAUAACCUGUUAAGACCUGUAAAACCUUUCAGCAGAUAUCUUCUGUCAGCUAUCAACUACAGAAUUAGUCUUCAAUAUUAUUGUGGAAAUGGAGCAUUUUACUACAUCUAAGAAUUAUGCUGCAUAUUGCUAUUAAUUAAUUUAGAGUUUUCUUUAAAUGUCAUUUUCUUUUAAGAAAUAAACUUUACUUUUUCAAGCAAA